AUGGUGGACAGGGUCAGUGCAUCGCCCGAUGACAUUCUUGUUAGUUUAGUGUCCCGCUUGCCGCUAAAGGAAGCAGUAGCUACCAGUGUCCUUUCUAGGCGAUGGCAGAAUGUGGGACUGUCUACUAUGACCCUUAGGUUUGAUGCUGUUGACUUCUCAAUUGACAAUAAUAAACGCCACUACUUUAACCAACCAAAAGAAUUUAAAGAGCAGGAGAGCUGGAAAUACAUCAAUUGGGUGAAUCAUGUGGUCCAACAGCAUAGAGGGAAACAUAUAGAAGAAUUCAGGAUUAGCUUCUGUUUAGAUAGUCGCUUUUCAAGUUCCAUUAAUGAAUGGAUUCAAUUUGCAAUGGAAAACAGUGUUGAAAGGCUUGAAUUGGAUUUUUAUCCAGAAGUUUUUGCUAAACAUGAAGAUCAUACAUUUCCCCACAAACUUUUGGGGCUCUGCAUUCCAAAUCUGGGCUCUUGUGCAUACAAUAUCGGUUUCAAGUCCCUCAAAGUACUUCAGCUCCGACAUGUUGGUGUGACUGGAGAAGUUCUCGAGUAUUUCCUGUCCAACUGUCCAAUACUCGAGAGCUUAUCAGUGGCUUCCACAAAACAUUUGGUUAAUUUAAGAGUUGUUGGUUCGUCAAUUGCGUUGAAGUAUUUGGUGGUACGAGAUUGUGAUAACCUGGAAAGCAUUGAAAUCAGAGACGCCCACAAUGAGAAUCCCGUAUUGCCUCUAUUAGCAAAUCUGAAGCAUUUGGAAUUACUAGUUGUAGCAAAUUAUUAUGAGGCACUUCAUCAUAUAAAUAGCUUCCUGAAGGCAUCUCCUUACUUGCAGAGACUCGUAUUAAAGUUGCAGCUGUAUCAGGAGAGUCCAGCAUGCAUGGGAAUUGGAGAAAUUGAGAAAGCAGCUGAUUGCCCCCAUAAUCACCUCAAGGAAGUAGAAAUAGUUGGCUAUCGAGCUCAAUAUGGUGUUGAACAUGUCAUGCACUUGAUAAAGAAUGCUCCUGCACUGGAGAAAAUUGUCAUUGAGCCUGCAAGGACAUGGAGAUAUCCUCAUGGAGUUGAUAAGCCAGAUACGGUACUCAAUAAAGAAGUCGAAGCAAGAGAUCAUGCUAAGCAAUACCUUGAACCAAAAAUCCCUUUAACUGUAGAAUUUGCGUGCCUGUAG